GUCCCUUUCCGUCUCCUUCUCUUGCAAGCAGCACAGCUAGACAUUACACCAGUCAUGGAUAACAAGGCCAUGGCACCCUUUCCAGAACUGGAGAACCAUGUGGACAGCACCGAUCUUGCAGAACUGCCAAGGCAGACGGAUGUAUGUCCCGACAGCAAUGGCAAUCCACCUGGGUCAUCCAGCGCUGAAACGUUACCACCAUCAUAUUCUACUCUCUCCUUAUACAAAGACAAAGCUGAAGAAGAAGCUUUCGAUCCAUGGGAAAUGCCUGAACUCAAAAACACUGGACCCAAGUGGUCAGAAAUGAACACAAAGCAAAGAGUUUUGUCUGUGUUCCUGGCGAUCGCAAAGCUCAUUCUCUUGGUGGGGUUUCUGUACUUUUUUGUCUGCUCCUUGGAUGUCCUGAGCUCUGCCUUUCAGCUAGUAGGAGGAAAAGCUGCUGGAGAUAUUUUCAAGAACCACUCUGUGUUGUCCAACCCAGUGGCUGGACUGGUUAUUGGUGUAUUAGUGACUGUUCUGGUCCAGAGCUCCAGCACGUCAACAUCGAUUGUGGUCAGCAUGGUCUCUUCCAGCAUUCUCACAGUAAGAACAGCCAUUCCUAUCAUUAUGGGAGCCAACAUUGGAACAUCUGUCACAAACACAAUUGUGGCUUUAAUGCAGUCUGGUGACCGGAAUGAAUUUAGAAGAGCUUUUGCUGGAGCAACGGUCCACGAUUUCUUCAACUGGCUUUCGGUGCUUGUUUUUCUGCCGAUUGAAGUAGCAUCUGGCUAUUUGUAUCACCUCACUAGUGCCAUCGUUACUUCGUUCAACAUCGAGACAGGAGAAGAUGCGCCAGACAUGCUGAAGGUUAUCACAGAGCCACUUACUAAAGGAAUCAUCCAGCUUGAUAAACAGGUCAUAGAGGAUAUCGCAACUGGAAAUCCAGAUGCACAAAACAAGAGUCUGAUCAAAAAAGUCUGUGGCUACAAGAAUGAAAGUUGGUCAAACGAUGUCAAUUGCACGUCUAACAGCUGCUUGACUCCAGUUAGUUGUUCACAUUUAUUUGCAAACACCAGCCUUCCGGAUCUGGCUGUGGGUCUUAUUCUCUUGGCCUUGUCUCUGUUUGUUCUCUGUCUGUGUCUGAUACUGAUUGUCAAGCUUCUCAAUUCAAUGCUGAAAGGACAGGUCGCCGUCGUCAUCAAGAAGGUCCUCAACACAGAUUUCCCCUACCCUUUCUCCUGGUUAACGGGAUACCUGGCGAUGUUGGUUGGCGCUGGAAUGACAUUUAUCGUGCAGAGCAGUUCUGUAUUUACAUCAGCAAUCACCCCGCUCAUAGGAAUUGGAGUUAUUAGCAUAGAGCGAGCCUAUCCACUGACGCUUGGUUCCAACAUUGGAACGACGACCACAGCCAUUCUUGCUGCUUUGGCAAGUUCAGGAGCUACUUUACAAAAUUCAGUGCAGAUUGCUUUAUGCCAUUUUUUCUUCAAUAUUUCUGGUAUCCUCGUUUGGUAUCCCAUUCCUUUCAUGCGUUUGCCAAUUCGACUCGCCAAAGGACUUGGUAACAAGACUGCCAAAUACAGAUGGUUUGCAGUCAUCUACCUGAUCUUGUGCUUCUUCUUGCUGCCGCUGACCGUCUUUGCCUUGUCAAUCGCAGGCUGGCAGGUCCUCGUGGGCGUUGCAGUUCCCAUUGUGUUUGUCAUUAUCGUUGUAAUUGUGAUCAGCAUAAUGCAACGGAAAUGCCCAAGAAUUCUUCCUGACUUUCUAAAAACAUGGGACUUCCUUCCCAAGUGGAUGCACUCGCUGAAGCCAUGGGACAGCUGGAUGAAUCUUUUCACGCUAUUCUGUGGGCGCUACUGCUGCUGUUGUUGUAAAAAAUGUAAAUGCUGUAAGUGUUGUCACAACAAGGAGGAUGAAGAAAAUGCCAUCGCAGAUAAACCCCAGGCCCUGGAAUGCCAUGAAAAUGUUGUUGAUCUUAGUGAUGAAGUCUCAAUUCCGGGUCAGGAGAAGACUCAGAACUUAACAGCCUUCUGAAUGGACUUAGUAUUACUUCACUAACUGUCUUACAAACGUUGUUCCUGCAUGAGAGCUGACAUUAUUUAUUGAACUUUCUAUAUCGGCAUUGACUUCUGUCUACGAGAAACAUAACAUCUCUACAAAUUUAAGCAUUUAACCAAGCAAUAUUGAGAAUAUUAUUGUUAUGUUUCUUUUUACAGAGUUUGAUCUCUAGAUUCCAAGUUAAAGAGCAGAUGAUAGGAUUGAGAAAUGUUAAUGCAAUGUUAAAGAAUGGACAUUUGAUAAUCCACUGAAAAUCCCAUAUUCUUCUAUGAAUCCUAUAUAUCAUGCCAUUUCUUAUACAGAAACAGAUCAGUGCAGGGUUAUGUCUGUUGUGAAUGCCUGUUUGUGUGGACGCAUUGGGUACGGAGAUAUCUUAAAUAAGUUAAAAUAAGUAUUCAAAUCAAGAACAUCAAAAUGUUCAUAUUCAAUAUCAAACAGCUAGAAAUGCUGCACUUCUUGAGGGUAAAUGAGAAGCAAAAGUAAGAGAUGCAAUGGUAGUCAUGCAGCACAGUAAACAAGGUUCAAUCAACUUUAGUGCAUAGGUGUAACAGAAUAACGUAUAGAUUUAAAGCUCUCCAAUGUCUGCCUCUUGUCUGAGGGAAUAAAGAUUGAUGCCUGUGGUUGGGCCAACACUGUAAGUGGUAUUACACCAUAUAAUAGGCAAACCCAGCAAAAGCGGAACAAUCAGAAAAGUUCCACUGGUUUCUAUGGUCAAGGGUAGGUAGGUAAAAUGUCUAUAUUAGAGGUAUGGAAAUCAUUGGUACCUUGGGGCAUUAAAUGUCCAUCGCAAAAUUUGUCUGUAGCCAAGUCCAACGAUCUGCCUACAAUUUAACUUUAACCCCAUGAGUACCAAAAUUGCAGCAAGCCAUAACUGAGAUCUCUAUUUAUAAUUGUUUUAAAGCCUAAACAAAUAAAAAAGUAAAUUAUCUGUAACAUCAGCCCAUGAUGUAAUACAGACCAUUUAACGCAACUGUAUUAUGUACUAUGUACAUUUAAUAUCGAUAUGUAUAUAAUAAAAGCAAUUAAGUAUUUGCAAUUAAGUUAAUGGCUAUUUUUAUUCACUUUGAAUGUAUGAAAUAUUUUUAACUACAUGCAUUUCUUAACGUAAUCAUUUUUUUUACCUGUUAUUUCUACCUAUACUAAACAUUACCAAAGUAUAAUACAAAUCUGUAUCUGUCUUAAUGUAGACAUUGAUUGUAAAAUAAAACUGUAUCAAAGUUC